ACCCAAAGGAAAAGCGGGAGAGAGGAAAAAAAAAACAGAAGGUCGCAAAAUAUGGAAAUAGAGAUGGAGAAAGAAAGACUGACGGCGGAGAUGGCAUUCAAUGAUUCUACCUCUGCCGUCAUCAAAAUCCGGCGACAAUUGCCCGAUUUCCUACAGUCCGUCAAGCUCAAGUACGUCAAGUUGGGAUAUGGGUAUUCCUGCAAUCCUGCCACUCUGCUCAUACUUGCUCUCAUUCUCCCAGUGUUUGUUUUCACAGUAGUUCAGAUCACUGGUCUAAAGCUGGAUCGGGUUUCUGAGUUAUGGACGAACCGAAAACUUCAACUUGAAAGCAUUGAUGCGGUGACAAGAAUGGUUGGUGCUGUGACAUUAUGCUUCCUCUUCGCCCUGUAUUUAGCCAAGCGGUCCAGACCGGUUUACCUGGUCGACUUCGCAUGUUACAAACCGGAAGAUGAACGUAAAAUGUCAAUCGAUUCAUUCCUGAAGAUGACCGAAGAUAGCGGGGCUUUUGGAGAGGAAUCCGUUCAAUUUCAAAGGAGGAUAGCGGCCCGGUGCGGUCUAGGAGAUGAAACAUACUUGUCGAGUGGCAUAACGGCCCGACCACCAAAUUUAUGCAUGGAAGAGGCUCGGGCGGAGGCGGAAGCUGUUAUGUUUGGCGCACUAGACUCGCUUUUUGAGAGAACCGGUGUCAACCCGAAGGACAUCGGAAUCCUCAUCGUCAACUGCAGCUUAUUUAAUCCGACCCCGUCUCUGUCCUCCAUGAUCGUGAACCACUACAAGCUCCAAACCGACAUCAAGAGCUACAAUCUCGGAGGAAUGGGUUGUAGCGCAGGCCUUAUUUCCAUCGAGCUUGCGCGAAACCUCCUCCAAGCAAAUCCCAACACGUACGCCGUCGUGGUGAGCACAGAAAACAUCACCCUCAACUGGUAUUUUGGCAAUGACCGGUCCAUGUUGCUAUGCAACUGCAUAUUCCGCAUGGGUGGCGCUGCCGUUCUUUUAUCCAACAAGGCACGCGACAGGUCUAGGUCCAAGUACGAGCUUGUUCACCUGAUCCGAACCCAUAAAGGUGCAGACGAUAAAAACUACAAUUGCGUGUUCCAAAGAGAGGAUGACAAGGGAACUAUCGGAGUUUCACUCUCACGUGAGCUAAUGGCUGUUGCCGGAGAUGCCUUAAAGACCAACAUCACCACUCUGGGACCUCUUGUUCUGCCAUUAGCUGAGCAGUUCAUGUUCUUUCUUACGCUCGUUCGGAAAAAGAUAUUCAAAGCCAAGGUAAAGCCUUAUAUUCCUGAUUUCAGGCUUGCUUUCGAGCAUUUCUGCAUUCAUGCUGGGGGAAGAGCGGUGUUGGACGAGGUCCAGAAAAAUCUACAACUCACUGAGUGGCACAUGGAGCCGUCGAAGAUGACACUGUACAGAUUCGGAAACACGUCGAGCAGCUCACUUUGGUACGAGUUGGCAUACACGGAGGCGAAGGGUAGGAUCUCCGGCGGAGACCGGGUUUGGCAGAUUGCUUUCGGGUCGGGUUUCAAAUGUAACAGCGCUGUUUGGAGAGCGCUGAGAGCGACUCCGGUGAGUAAGUCAAGGGGGAAUCCAUGGGUGGAUGAAAUUGACAAGUACCCGGUCAAGGUUCUUCGAGUUUGAACGUGCACGUGGCAUUGUUUUAGUGGACGGAGAAAAUGACAGGAAUGGUAACUUGGCUGUAGGUGGGUUCCACUUGUCUUAUUCUAAACGAAGUUUAAUUAGACAAAAAUUAUUACGUAAUCAUUUGUAAUCAGGCCAUCUGAUUGUAUUUUAUAUAUGGAAAUAUUUACUACUAUAUUAUUUUAUACAGGUUUUUUUUUAUUUAUUUUUUUGGCCAAUAAACUUGGUGUUAUAGAAACAUGUAAGGAAAAGUCUUAUACAAGUUUGAUAAAAGAAAUGCAAUUAAUUGUU